AUGCGCCGUGAGACCCGGACGCAGGUAGGAGGCGGGGGCGGGGGCCAAGCUCCGAGCGCUGCACGGAGCCCGGGGUGGGCGCAGUGCGCCUGCGCAGUGAAGCCAGGGCGGGGGGUGGGGGGCGGGAGAGCGGCGCGGGGCUGGGGUGGGCGCAGUGCGCGUGCGCCGUCCGGCUCGGCAGGGGGGGCUGGACGGCGGGGCCGCGGACGACGCCGGGCCCGCCGGAAAACUCCGGUUUGGCGAGUUCUUGCUGAACUUGUAAAAGAGGCGCUCGGACGGUGGGUUAGCGAGAGCGCUGAGACCCGUGGAAAGUUUCCCCCCGGGGCCUCCCGAGUGUCCGCCCCUGCCCGGCAGCCCCGCUGCUCGCUCACCCCCAUGCGGGCAGAUGCAACCCCCGGGCGGAGGACGCGGGCCCCGCGGGCCGGGAUUGCCCGCCGCCGUGUCCCCGCGGGCGCGCCGGCCACCAGGGCGGCCCGCAGACGGAGGCGGCGCGGCGCCGGGCCCCGCACGCCCGCCCGGCGGCCCCGGAGCCUGGUGGGCUGCAGGAUCCGGCACGGCUGGAGGGAGGGGGACGGCCCGGUCACCCAGUGGAGGGGCACCGUCCUGGACCAGGUGCCUGUGAACCCCGCCCUGUAUCUCAUAAAGUACGACGGGUUCGACUGUGUCUACGGACUGGAGCUCAAUAGGGACGAACGCGUGUCGGCGCUGGAAGUCCUGGCCGACAGGGUUGCGCCAUCUCCCGUGGGCGAGGCCCACCUGGCCGACAGGAUGGUGGGCAAGGCCGUGAAGCACACCUUCGAGGGCGAGGACGGCGCCCGGGACCAGUGGAGGGGAACGGUCCUGGCGCGCGCCCCCACCAUGAGCACGUGGUUUUACAUCACCUACGAGAAGGAUCCGGUCCUGUACAUGUACCAGCUCUUAGAUGACUACAGAGAAGGCGACCUUCGCAUCAUGCCGGAGCCCAAGGACUCGCCUCCAGCAGGCCGGGAACCAGGAGCAGUUACGGACAGCCUGGUCGGCAAACAGGUGGAAUACGCCAAAGAAGAUGGCUCCAUGAGGACUGGCAUGGUCAUCCACCAGGUGGAGGCCAGACCGUCGGUGUGUUUCAUCAAGUUUGAUGAUGAUUUCCAUAUCUAUGUCUACAAUUUGGUGAAAACAUCCUAGAUGUCAUCACCAACUGUGCCAAGUUUGUGGAACUAUUAAAGGACAUGAAGCCAGAAGUCUCCACCGGCAGCAGAGACUCAUGCCCGAGCUAAAGCAUCUUGUUCCCAGGAGGCCUGUGUUAAACCUCUGACACGUCCUCGAAGGUAAGAAUGAUCACGUCCGAUGAGUUCGUUUAGUCAACCAUCAAGGUUCUGAGCGGGACACAGGGCAGAUGAGUUUCGAUGGCUUUCACGUCAAGUGAGGUCCCACUGCGCGUGGAGGGACUGGGUCUGCGGGAAAUCACGGGAGUGAAACACAGGGCCUUCGAGACUGGCCUCUGGGUUAGAUGCAUCCUAAGAAAGAGGAGCCGCGGUUCACGCUGGAGUCAGAAGGAGGCCGCCUCCCCGUCCCGGCCUCCCUACGUGCUCCGCUUCCACUUAGGGCGAUAAUUCUCAUUCUAGACCUGAAUCUAGUAAAACCAUGGGUUUGGGUUUCCUGGAGUUUUUGACUCUGAAUAUGGACUUGUUCCCAAACCCUCCCUGCUCCCUCUGCCUCGUGAACCAGCAGCUCUCGAGCUGUCGCCGCUGGACGCCCGCGCCACGCAGUCCAGACCCACCCUCGCUGCCCCAUACCAGCCGCUGGGUCGCCUUUCCACUUAUUGUCGGAGCCAAAAUAGGAUGAAAUACGAGCUAAUAAAAUAAGCCAGUCUGUCAGAAACUGUUCUGUACCUUAUUUCUAAGAGAGAUGGAAAGCAGUCGAAUCAUCUCAGGAUCUGCCAGA